UAGUUUUACAUAGUUUUCUAAUUGUUGACGCCUCUGUGACUGUUUAUGUUAAAAUUUAUAUUUCCAUAACUGGUGCAGUGAUGCUACACGCCUACACAUUUAGUAUUUUAGUAUGAAUAUCACUAAUGAGCAUGAGAUUAACAAAAGAAAGAAUACUAUUCUUUCUUUUUUUGUAAAAAAAUCAAAAGCUGACGAAGUAAACGAAGAUGAGGUAAGAUCAGUGUUACAUUUAAAAAUUAACUUUUAGUAAUAUUAUUUAUAUAAGUUAUAAUUAUAUCAAUUUGUUCUAUUUAAUUGAAUCCACUGAGUUAACUUCAAUUGAGGAUAGUGAUGGUCGUGGUCUCCCAUCUCAAGUUCCAAUUCAUAUUGAAGAACCCUUGAACAUACAGCAAUAUCACAAAAAUGAUGUAGGUUUAUUCAUACAAAGAAAUUCAAUUUACUACAGAUGCAAAUUUACUACUUAAAGCUAUGGAUUCUGAGUUUAUAGUGUCAGUCUAUGUUGUUAAGCUGUUGUUUUCAUUUGGUCUUCCUUUAUGUAAGCAAUUACAAAAAGAAAGGAUUGAUUUAAAGGAAGCAGUUGACCUGACAAAAGACAUUGUUUCAGAAUUGAAAUCUAUGAGAAGCGAAUAUGAUAACGAGUUCAACAAAAUAUUCCUACAAGCAAAGGCAAUGGCUGUUAAAAUGGAUAUUGAGUUGACAGUCAAACGGUUAAAUAAAAGACAAACAAAUCGAGCAAAUCCAUUGUCUGAUCAAAAAAUGGAUGCGGAAACUUACUACAAAAUAACUGUUUUUAUACCAUAUGUUGAUUAUUUCAUAACUGAAUUGGAAAAUAGAUUUUUGGCACACUCAGACAUUUUCAAAGGGUUUGAGAGUUUAUUUUCUUCCAAUGUAAUUUUGACUGAAGUUGAAGAAACUUCAUUUAAGAAAUUGGUUGAAUUUUACCAACCAGAUGUGGAAAACUUAGAUAUUUUACUGGUUGAGCUAAAGUUGUGGAGGCACAAACUAAGCAGAUCAUCUUAUACUGUAUCAAAAUCAGCUCUUCAAGCGCUUAUUGAAUGUGAUGCUAAUCUAUUUCCUAAUAUAUUUAUAUUAAUCAAAAUUUUAUGUACAUUGUCUGUAUCCACUACAACACCUGAGCGGAUGUUUUCAUCCCUAAAAAGAAUAAAAACAUAUUUAAGAAAUACCAUGUCUGAAGAUCGAUUGAAUGGAUUAACUAUGUUGGCUGUCCACAAAAACGUACACAUUGACACAGAGGAGAUAAUAAACGAGUUAGCCAAAAAACCUAGGAUAUUGGAUUUUAUUUUAUAA